GCGUCAAAACGAGGAGUAGAAAAGCACACAGCAAAAAAAAAAAGAAAUCCAAAAGGGUGGAGUUGGAGCUCAGGAAUCCAUCCCCAGACAGAGGAGGAGGAGGAGGAAGGGGUGGUCGCCUCGCCAAGUCGGUGGCGAUUUUGACCCCUCUUCGCCGCUGGCAAGGUAUUACCGUGCUAACUGGUUAAAGGAGAAGGGUUGAAAGGCCAAUAUGGGCAUUUCAGCCAAGUGGAUUAAAUCACUUGUUGGGAUAAAAAAGCAUGAAAAAGCACAAACUUCUGAAAGCAGUGGAGUGUUGCUACACAAGCGAAAACAUUCUAUUGAUACUGAAAGUGCUGCUGCAGUCGAAGAACUCAGUGUACAAACUGAGCCAUUGGCAUGUGACACCAACAUUCAGGCAAUAUCAAAUAUCACCUCCUCACCCGGUACAACUCUUCAAGUAUCUCAGAUUGAAUUGGAUACAAGGGAGAAUCAUGCUGCAAUAGUUAUUCAAUCUGCCUUUCGAGCGUUCUUGGCUAGGAGGGCUUUACGAGCAUUAAAAGGAUUAGUUAGACUCCAGGCUCUUGUUCGUGGCCAUGCUGUCCGAAAGCAAGCAGCAGAAACACUUCAAUGUAUGCAAGCAUUGGUAAGAGCUCAAGCUCGUGUCAGAGCAAGACGAGUUCGAAUUUCUUUGGAAAGUCAAGUGACGCAAAAGAAGGCUUCAGAACAGAAUGUUCACGAGGACCAUGUUUGGGAAAUUGAGGAACGCUGGUGUGACGGUAUUGGCUCAGCGGAACAAAUGCAAGCUAAAGUAUUAAAAAGACAGGAAGCUGCUGCUAAGCGGGAAAGAGCAAUGGCAUACGCUUUAACACACCAGUGGCAAGCAGGUUCCAGGAAACAGAAAGCAGCAACCCUCCAAGGGCUUGAGGUGGAUGAGAAUCAGUGGAGCCAGAAUUGGUUAGAGAGGUGGAUGGCUGCACGCCCAUGGGAGAACAGGUUGCUUGAUACUAAUGCCAAAGAGAGUGCUCCAACUGGUGAUGAUAACCAUGCUGAUGAAAAUGAGGCCAAGGCUCCGAACAAACCAAAAGGAAAAGUGUCCAUUUCUACCACUCAUCCGAAUGGCUCAAACAAGAAGAACGGUGCAAAUCAUAAGAAGUCGCAUUCCGAUAUAAGUGGCUCUUCAUCAGGGCAAUCUGCAGGUGUUCUGCCCACAAAUUCUUUGGGAUCAUCCAAGCUAAAACCAAAGCCAUCAGAUGAAAUCUCUGAGGAAGUCAAUUCUCAACCUUCGAAUUUGGCUUCGCGGUCCACAAGUAAUCCAAAAGAGAGGCCAACACAAGUGAAUGCUUCAUCCAAGAAGAGACUGUCACUGCCUAACAAUGGAACAAUGGGUGGGGGCGUAGGAAAAGGCGCAACCAACGGCAGGACAAACCAAUCCAUGAGCUCCAAGAAUGCAGCAAAAGGAUCAUCCAAGCUGGAAUCAAAGCAGCAACAACGACCAAACCCUCCUAACACGACUGUGAAACGAGUUGAGGUAAAGGCCUGAGAAAGUGAGGAAUCCACCCAACUCCCAUUUCAUUCAGACGCUUGGUAAUAGCCCUGUUGUCAUGUGUGCUGUUGCAUCCGUGUAUAUAAACCAAGAAAAGAGAGAGAGAAUCUUGCAUCUACAUUGAUGCCAUGCUUCAUGUUUCUAUUGUGCAAUAUUUAUGUUGUCAGUAUUUUCUCUUCGCGCUUCUGCAGUUCUGCUAUAUUUCUGUAAGUUAUCUUCCUUCUACUAUAACCAGAGAACUGUAUGUGCAAAACUGUGAAAAUAUGCACAGUACAAUAAACCAUAUGCCCUAUUGUUUCAUGACAUGGUCUUCAGCAUCAAUGAUUAUUAUUGUUAGUGCUAAAAUGGAUAUGUUUUACCCUAUCUUGUA